UAAUUCUUUUUAAUCUAACUUUUUCUCUAGUUCCUGGUCCCCUUUUCCUAUUGGCCUCAGUUGCUUUAAGGUACCUGCUUUAGUUUCUCUGAGAAGUGUUAUUUAAAUAAGAACCACUAACUUUAAUGGGUUACCAAGAAAGUGGAGGAAGAUGCUGAACGAUGGCUAUGGGGCAGCAGUAAGAAGUAGUUGGGAACCCUUAUCAGUACCGCUGAGGAAUAACCAGAGGGCAACAAUGGGGGCGGGGGAGCAAGAGCUACGUUUGAGACGCCAAACGCGAAAUACCGCGAGUUACCAAGGAAGAGCUCUAGAGGUUGGCUUCUGCCGUGGCUGGCGGGGCGUGUCAAGGAGGCUACGACCAGAACGCAGUGACGCGCUGCGGAGGCGUGGCCGUCGUGCGCACGUCCACUUCCGUCGCGCAUGCGUCCUGAGCUCCAUUGUGGCGGUUUAUUGGGAUCAGGAAGUUGAUGGAGUAUUAUGGUCUUUAACUCCUGAAGGAGAUGCGCUGUAGUGCAGUCAUCAGAGCCUACCAUAAAGUCUGCAGGUGUCUGUUGUCUGGGUUUGGGGGUCGAACAGAUGGAGGGCAGCCGGAGCGGUUGCCGGAAAGGAGUAGCUGUCCGGAAGGGCGCCCGAGGUCCCACGCGGAGCUUCCUGACAGCGAGCAGACUGUAGCCCCUGAGCCUGCCGAGGGGAGCGAGGCGCUGUUAGAGGUCUGUCAGAGAAGGCACUUUCUUAGCGGAACCAAGCAGCAGCUUAGCCGAGAUUCUCUUCUGAGCGGGUGCCACCCCGGCUUUGGGCCUUUGGGCGUAGAGUUGCGGAAGAACCUGGCGGCAGAAUGGUGGUCCUCGGUGGUGGUGUUCAGGGAGCAGGUCUUUGCGGUGGACGCCCUCCACCAGGAACCCGGCCCUUCGCUUCCCGGGGACAGUGCCUUCAGGUUAGUUUCUGCAGAAACUCUACGCGAAGUCUUGCAAGACAAGGAGCUGAGUAAGGACCAGCUAGUAGCAUUUCUUGAGAACUUACUAAAAACUUCUGGGAAACUACGGGAGAAUCUUCUUCACGGUGCCUUAGAGCACUAUGUUAGUUGCCUGGAUCUGGUAAACAGGAGGCUACCUUAUGGCCUCGCUCAGAUUGGAGUGUGUUUUCAUCCUGUUUGUGACACUAAGCAGAUACCUCAUGGUGUUAAAAGAAUUGGUGAGAAGACUGAAGCUUCAUUGGUAUGGUUUACUUCUGCAAGGACUUCAAGCCAGUGGCUUGAUUUCUGGUUGCGUCAUCGACUCCUAUGGUGGAGACAGUUUGCCACGAGUCCGUCCAACUUCAGCAGCAGUGAUUGUCAAGAUGAAGAAGGCCGAAAAGGAAACAAACUUUACUACAGUUUUCCCUGGGGAAAGGAGCCGAUAGAGACCCUGUGGAACCUAGGAGAUCAAGAACUCUUAGACAUGUAUCCUGGAAAUGUGUCUAAAUUACACGGCCGAGAUGGGCGGAAAAAUGUGGUUCCUUAUGUUUUAUCAAUAAACGGGGAUCUAGACGUAGGCAUGCUGGCUUACCUCUACGAUUCCUUCCAACUCACAGAGAAUUCCUUUUCAAAGAAGAAAAACCUCCAUAGAAAGGUGUUGAAACUCCACCCUUGCUUGGCCCCUAUGAAGGCUGCUUUGGAUGUGGGAAGAGGCCCAGCAGCUGAGCUCAGACAGGUUUGUCAAGGGCUAUUUAAUGAAUUGCUGGAAAAUGGCAUUUCUGUGUGGCCUGGUUAUUUGGAGACUGCACAGUCUUCCUUGGAACAGCUCUAUUCAAAGUAUGAUGAGAUGAGUAUUCUCUUCACGGUUCUGAUUACCGACUCCACUCUGGAGAAUGGAUUAGUACAUCUGAGAAGUAGAGACACCACAAUGAAGGAGAUGAUGCACAUCUCCAAGUUAAAGGACUUUUUAAUCAAGUGUAUAUCAUCAGCUAAAAACGUAUAGAUUUUCGUGUUUGUAUAAUAAAUAUUCU